ACAGAUGGCGCGGUAUUUGAAACAAACGGUGCUUGGUAAACAUCAAUCACGGCAUAUGGUUCCUGCCUGGAGGAUUUGGUGAUCCCCUGCUACUAGACACGGAAGCCUGUUAAGCGAAAGCUUCUUCUAUUCCGUCCACAACCAUUUGAACAAUGUACACUUAUUUUUCUUAUUAAAUUGCUGCCGAAUAAAUGAGCAUCAAAUCAUGCCUACGUUGAGUAAGCAGAUAGCUCUACAAGAAACUGUCCAAAACGAAUUGAAACAAACUGUUCCCUCACAGCCUAUAUACGAACGUUUCGGCGGCAAUAUCUUUUUUCCUGUUUCUCGUACAAAUGCUUUAAUCCAGUGUGAAGAAAAACUUGUAAGGCUGCGUAAAAAUUCAUCUGAGUUAAAGACGGAUAAGGACUAAUGUAUGAUCAUUAUUAUUUAUCAGUCUUCUGAAAGAAUAAUAACACAAGAGCAUGUUACUUUUCUAAUUAUGAAAACGAAGCUUUAUAAUUAAAUGAAUCAUUUGUAUGUUCAUCUUUCUGAUUACUUUCAUGUAUUACUUACUUACUUACGCCUGUUACUCCUAAUGGAGCAUAGGCCGCCGACCAGCAUUCUCCAACCCACUCUGUCCUGGGCACUUUCAUACUAGACAAUUCAUAAUAUCAGGUAAUAACAAAUUAUCUGCGAAAUACAUGCAGAAGUGAUACAGGGCAGGAAAUUCGACUUGUCAGGUGCUUACUAUUACUAUAGGAAAUAAAUGAAAAACCUCCGAAGACUAUCAAAACAGAAGCAUUAGUAUUUUCCAAACUUUCUGUGUAUUAAGAGAGAAUAGAUCAAAUGGUCAACUGAAUGUAUCCG